CGUACCUUGAUUCUUGCUCGUCACAAGUCGUUUAUAUCAUGAAAGGGACAGUAAGGCUGAGCUAUCUAGCUGGCCUGAGAGGAUCACGACCACCGGCGCGCGCUGCUCUUACACCUCUUCGACCUCACACUGUCGUUCUGCCGCUCCGCUUAAUCCCCUUCCCAUCCUCCCCUCUUCAGCUUAAUCCACACUUUGUUCGACAAUUUCAUCCAUCGAGACGGCGGAACGAUGUCUUCUUCGUCGCUUUCCCAGCUCUCAAGAGCGGACUGCUCAAUGUCACUCGUAUCACCCUCCUUUUCCUCCCUUUUGUGUUCCGGUACAGGUUAUGGAGACGGUAUAGGAAGACAUCCUUCCUUUUGAUCCAAAUUCCAAUAUUCGCCCUCUGCGUCGUGUUUGCCCUUGGAUUGGAUCAAAGCCCACGGACAGGCAGAUGGCGCCUGUUACUCAUGUCGGAGAAUGAAGAAUUGGCCUGGUCUCGUCGGAAACGCCAUGACAUUCUCAAAUCCGAUGGGGAGGUCUUACUAUCACCUUCAGACCCCAUGUGUGAGAAAGUCGGUCGAGUCACAGCUAGACUCAUCACUGCAUUGGAAGAACAAGAACACCACUACGUCUGCGGAGCCGCUUGGCCCCCUAGAUCAUCUGACUCAGGCCAUUUGGUGUCUGAGCGCGAAGCUUGGGAGAGAAAGACCAUUGAGGAUCGAUACAAGCCUAGUGGCACCGCAACGAGUAGCUUUAUGCCUUUCAGACCGGACACGUCUAAUCCGUUGAAGAAGCUCCAAUCGGCAGAUUGGAAUCUGUACGUUUUGGAUCUGCCCAUGCUGCAAGCUUUCGCCCUGCCCAGUAAAGACAUCUUUGUCUACACUGGGCUGCUUAAAACAUUACCAGACGACGAUGCGAUGCUGGCGGCGGUGCUCGCUCAUGAGAUUGCACACGUUGCCGAGAGGCACAGCGUGGAGAACUUGGGAUUCUUGAAUGUAGCUGCAGUCGGCUUUGAUGUUCUCCGAGGCAUCUCGUUCGCUCUAACCAUUUCGUUCCCAUUCAUUACCGACUCUGCAGGCCUCUUCAUCAAUUGGUUGAACGACAUCGUCGCUCAAAGAGCAUACUCUCGAAAGCUAGAGAUAGAAGCCGACGCCUUCGGUCUGGACCUCAUGGCGACGGCCGGUUACGAUCCACGAGCGGCUCUCGACCUUUGGGACCUAAUGCGCGCCGUCGAAGAAGAUAUGGAGAUGGCGGGUCAAAAGACGACGAUGGAGAAUCGGUUUGCAUUGCUCAGGACGCAUCCCACGAGUGAUGAUAGGCAAAAGGCUCUUCAAAAGGACCUGGACGGCGCGAUGAAGUUGUGGCGAGAGCGGCUGCCGAAGCUGAGGGCAAAGGUACAAGUAACAGCAGAACUACCAACAGACGAGGGGAAGGCUGUGCCGCCAAGCAGCACUACAAGUAUAGAACAGUCAUAACGUACUGUCAUGUAUCGCAGACCUGUGCCACUUG